AUGCCCGGGGAACUGGUGACGCCACGCGUCCGUCAGGCGGCCAAACCAGCGCUGGGUGGAGUGCGGGCCCCCGCACUGCUCACCAGCGCGGUCGGCGGUACGGAGGACGUAGGUACAGGGACCAGUACCCCCACCUCGCUGACGCCCAGCGUACCACUCAAGAAGCUGCUGGGGGGACAGGGUCUCACGAGUGCGCUGCUGCUGCUGGCGCGGACCACCACCAAAACCACUCCUCUACGCAGAGCCGCGACUAGCUCCACCACUGCCGCCGCCGCCUCCGCCACCUCCGACGCCUCCGCCACCUCCGCCGCCUCCGCCACCUCUGCCGCCUCCGCUCCCUCCGCCACCGCCGCCGCCUCUUCCGCCUCCACUGCUGCCACCGACACCUCCACCCCCGCCACCACUCCCACCACCACCCCCACCCCCUCCACUGCCUCCACCAUCACCUCCACCGCCCUCGCCAGCCCCUCCAGCGCCCUUGCCCUCCUUGCCCUUGCCGGUGCGGCGUCUCCCGCUAGGGGGAGACGCAGCGCCGACCGACUCGAAACCAACGAGGUCGGCCGCAGCAGCAGAAGCAACAGAGGGCAAGAGGGGGGAGGGGGAACACCCCUCAAAGACGGGGGUGCGAGGGUCACCACGAGAGGCUCCUACAGCGACUAUGCUCUUCUGUGCUACUAG